GAAGAAGAGGCGGCGUAGACUUAAAAAACGAGAGAAAAGAUGGCGUCCACGGCGGCUGGGAAGCAGCGAAUUCCUAAAGUGGCAAAGGUGAAAAAUAAAGCUCCAGCAGAAGUACAGAUCACAGCAGAACAACUCUUAAGAGAAGCAAAGGAGAGAGAACUUGAGCUUCUUCCCCCACCUCCUCAACAGAAAAUCACAGAUGAAGAGGAGCUAAAUGAUUACAAGCUUCGGAAAAGAAAGACUUUUGAAGAUAACAUAAGAAAAAACCGGACUGUUAUCAGUAAUUGGAUCAAAUACGCACAAUGGGAAGAAAGCCUCAAAGAAAUACAAAGGGCUCGUUCCAUCUACGAGCGUGCUCUAGAUGUGGACUACCGAAAUGUAACACUUUGGUUGAAGUAUGCCGAAAUGGAAAUGAAGAAUCGUCAGGUUAAUCAUGCACGAAAUAUCUGGGAUCGGGCUAUCACUACUUUACCAAGAGUUAAUCAGUUCUGGUACAAAUAUACUUAUAUGGAAGAGAUGCUGGGAAAUGUUGCUGGGGCCCGCCAGGUGUUUGAGCGUUGGAUGGAAUGGCAGCCAGAGGAACAGUCAUGGCAUUCCUUUAUUAACUUUGAGCUAAGAUAUAAGGAAGUGGAUAGAGCACGUUCUAUUUAUGAGAGAUUUGUCAUGGUCCAUCCUGAUGUUAAGAAUUGGAUCAAAUAUGCUCGCUUUGAGGAAAAACACAGUUAUUUUGCACAUGCAAGGAAAGUAUUUGAAAGAGCAGUGGAAUUCUUUGGAGAAGAACAUAUGAACGAACAUUUGUAUGUUGCAUUUGCCAAAUUUGAAGAGAACCAGAAAGAGUUUGAACGAGUGCGAGUAAUAUACAAAUAUGCCCUGGACAGAAUUCCAAAACAUGAGGCACAGGAGCUCUUCAAAAAUUAUACAGUUUUUGAGAAGAAAUUUGGGGACCGAAGGGGAAUUGAGGAUAUUAUUGUUAGCAAGAGGAGAUUCCAAUAUGAAGAAGAAGUAAAAGCUAAUCCACAUAAUUAUGAUGCUUGGUUUGAUUAUCUGCGUCUGGUGGAAAGUGAUGCGGAUUCUGAUACUAUACGUGAAGUUUAUGAAAGAGCCAUUGCCAACGUUCCUCCAAUUCAAGAAAAGCGACACUGGAAGAGGUACAUCUAUCUGUGGAUCAAUUAUGCACUCUAUGAAGAGCUAGAGGCAAAGGAUCCAGAGAGAACAAGACAGGUAUAUCAAGCGUGUGUUGAACUCAUUCCUCACAAAAAGUUUACAUUUGCCAAAAUAUGGUUGCUGUAUGCACAAUUUGAAAUCAGACAGAAGAAUCUCCAUCUUGCCAGACGAGGAUUGGGGACCUCUAUAGGUAAAUGUCCAAAGAACAAACUAUUUAAAGGCUAUAUUGAACUGGAGCUACAACUGCGAGAAUUCGAUCGUUGUCGGAAACUGUAUGAGAAGUUUUUAGAGUUUGCACCUGAAAACUGCACAUCAUGGAUCAAAUUUGCUGAAUUAGAAACUAUUCUUGGUGAUGUUGACCGAGCCAGAGCUAUAUAUGAACUAGCUAUUGGCCAACCUCGAUUGGAUAUGCCAGAGGUACUUUGGAAAUCUUACAUAGACUUUGAAAUUGAACAAGAAGAAUAUGAGAACACAAGAAAUCUAUACAGGCGGUUGCUUCAGCGAACACAGCAUGUUAAGGUAUGGAUCAGUUUUGCUCAGUUUGAGCUCUCAGCAGGUAAAGAGAACAAUUUACCACGAUGCCGGCAAAUAUAUGAAGAGGCAAACAAAACCAUGAGAAAUUGCGAGGAGAAAGAGGAGAGGCUUAUGCUCUUGGAAUCUUGGAAAAACUUUGAAGAGGAGUUUGGAACAGAAUCCAGCAGAGAGCGAGUAGACAAACUUAUGCCUGAAAAAGUCAAGAAGCGGAGAAAACUUCAAGCUGAAGAUGGGUCUGAUGCCGGCUGGGAAGAAUAUUAUGAUUACAUCUUCCCAGAAGAUGCUGCCAAUCAACCCAACCUCAAACUGCUUGCAAUGGCUAAACUCUGGAAGAAGCAGCAACAGGAUGAAAAUCCAGAGAGAGAUCCGGACAAGGAUAUUGAUGAAAGCAGUCCCUAACAUUAUCUUUGAUUUCUUUUCCUUUAUAUUGUACAGAUUUUUGCUAAUAAACUAUUUCCAAAAAAAUAAUUGCUAAUGCUUGAGGUGAGAGAAAGAGGCAUGUUUUUUACGUAAGCAUUUGAAGAGUAACGUAUAUAGCUGUGAUUACUACAGUGCAAAAAUAAUAUUGUAGAGCUGAAAAAUCAGCAGCAAGGAGUAACUGCCCUUUGAGGAAAGAGAAGAGAAAAGAGAUCUCAUGAUCUUUAGCUUAGAGGAAAGAAAAAUAAAGUGCUAUGAUACAGGUGUAUAAAAUUAUUGAUGGUUUGGACAAGAUUUUUUUUUCAUUCUCAUAUUAUUAGAAUCUGAGGUCAUUCACUGAAACGGAAUGGUAGGAGAUUUAAGACCAACACUAAAAUUUUGAGAGCAUGUUGCAAGUAUGAUUCCCCAGCCAGUCACAAAUAUUUCAUUUAUCAGCAGGCGAUCUUACAAGGUGUUCUAUCCCAGAGUUCAAAUAUUAGAAUAAGGAACAUAAUCAGGUAAUUUUAAUUGCAGCAGAGUACAAAUCAAAUAAGAUCCAUUAUCGCUAUUAACUUCAAGGGAUGAGGAAAUAAGUAGCAAGGUGUUAAGAUUGUAUCAGAUUUUAAAAAUUGGGUAAGAGUGGCUACAAGGAAUAGUACAUCCGAAGUUAGCUUAUUACAAAAACAAGUCCAAAUGAAAUAAUUUCUUUUUAUCCAAGAAAUUCAUGAUCUUCAGCCAAGCACUGCUAGUGCUACAGUACUUUCUUGGAAUUGUGGUUGCUUAUCUACCUGAAGCAAUAACCUACUUCUGAGUAGACCAGUUUUUCUAAGGUGCUCUUGACAGCUAUCUGACACUUUAGUCUCUUUCAUAUUCAGCUUGGAGGCAGCAGCGCUCUUAUGGAUCUGGUGAUAUGCCUCUCUUUCACAGGGUAAGAGGAGACUGAGUUACGUCCUGGCCUCUUCGAAUUAGUCAAGUUCUUGUUUCUGUUGCUCUCCUGCCUCCUUGCAAAAGAAGCCUUCAGGGGAAGCCAUUAUAAGUUGUUCUUUGCUACCUAUUCCAGUUCUCCAGAACGUUCCUAAAUGCACAUCUUUCCUCUCAUGGGGAUUCAUGAGGCAGCAAGUGAAAAAUAUAUAUCAUAACAUUGUGAUGCCAAUUCCACCCUCAUGUACUUGUAUUUUUCUGGUAAGUACAAAAGUGUGGAGCUUGUGUCAUGAUGUUUCUUUAUUUGGAACUGAAGCUGGCUGUAGAUGGCUAUGUUAUUUAUGUGUCUUUUUCUGGGAAGGUGGCAAUCACCAUAUUAUCGCCUAAGAAUGACUGGGAUCAAAAGGCAUUCUUGUAAAUAAAGAUGAUGUUAAAUG